CCGGGAGCUGGCAAUAUCUUUUCUCUCUAUUUCUACACCCAAUCUUACUAGUCAACCUGUAUGGUGGAUUUAAUAUUCAGAUCUUCUUUUUUGGAUGAUAUGGGGGAUCGUUCCAAAAAGAAGUCCGGACUUGCGAUGUGUGUUGGCUGCGGCAGUCAGAUUCAUGAUCAAUACAUCCUGCGCGUCUCCCCAGAUCUGGAGUGGCACGCAGCCUGUUUAAAAUGUGUCGAGUGCAAUCAAUACCUGGAUGAGACAUGCACUUGCUUUGUACGGGAUGGAAAAACAUACUGCAAGAGAGAUUAUGUAAGAUUGUUCGGUAUAAAAUGCGCAAAAUGCAAUCUGGGGUUUAGCAGCAACGAUUUGGUGAUGAGAGCUCGAGACAGUGUUUAUCACAUCGAAUGUUUUCGCUGCUCGGUGUGUAGCCGGCAGCUUUUACCCGGGGAUGAGUUCUCUGUCCGGGACGCCGAAUUGUUGUGUCGAGCAGCUCUCUGUCUGGACCACGGACCAGCAGGCAGUCCCCUUAGUCCGGGAAACAUCCACAGCAGAGCCUUACACAUGGCAGGUGACCCAGUGUCGGUCCGACAAACUCCGCAUCGGAAUAACAUGCACAAGCAAUCAGAGAAGACCACACGGGUAAGGACUGUGUUAAACGAAAAGCAGCUGCACACUUUAAGGACGUGCUACAACGCAAACCCGCGUCCAGAUGCGCUCAUGAAGGAGCAGCUGGUGGAGAUGACAGGACUGAGCCCGCGGGUCAUUCGAGUUUGGUUCCAAAACAAACGCUGCAAGGACAAGAAGAGAUCUAUUCUCAUAAAACAGUUACAGCAGCAACAUGGCGAUAAGACGCAUCUGCAGGGUAUGACGGGUACCUCGCUGGUUGCAGGCAGCCCAAUAAGACACAAUCCUACACUAGGACACCCGGUGGAAUUGCAGACUUAUCAACCGCCCUGGAAAACUCUCAGCGAAUUUGCACUCCAGAGUGACUUAGAUCAGCCGGUCUUUCAACAGCUUGUGUCUUUCUCGGAAACUGGUUCUUUAGGAAACUCAUCUGGCAGCGAAGUGAACUCUCUUUCAUCACAUUUACCAGACACACCGAACAGCAUGGUACCGAGCCCUGUGGAAACAUGA